CCUCCGACUCCAAGAUUGUUAGCACCUUACUGGAUCAAAAUCCAGUCCUCAGAUACAUAAGUGACAUAACUAGGAAGAGAGGUACCUUUAGAAGAGGACAGCUGACUGAAGAUGUCUGAGGAAAAUAAUAACCUAUUGGACUUUUACUAUUCUGAGGAACGUUGGAAUGGAAUGAGUUCUGAUGAAGAAGCUGAAAAUGAAGAACUUAGUAGGUUACGUGAAGAUGCAGACAAGGGCAUAACGCUUCUCAAGAAACUCAUCAAUGAUCGCAUUGAGGAUCUGCAAAAGAACAUCCGUGAACUUCAUAGUAUUGCAGAUGGGGUUGACAGCUUUCAUAAGAAAGCCACCAUUGCCAAUAUUACUGGAGGAUCCGUGAGUGCCGUUGGAGGGAUUGUCACCAUUGUUGGACUGAUCCUGACUCCCUUCACCUUGGGAGCUUCCCUUGUGGUCACAGGAGUGGGACUGGGAGUGGCAGCGGCAGGAGGAGUGACCAGCGCUUCAGCUACCAUUUCAGAUACUGUGAACAACUCUUUGGACCGAAAAAAAGUGGAAGACAUUAUAGAGAGACACCAGAAGGGCACUGAGGCUUUUGUAGAAUGCCUAAAAACUGCCAACACAUGCAUAAGGAAAAUGGAAGAGUUUCUGACAAAGGAAACUUUGCUAAAAACAAGGAAUAAAGUUCAGUUAGGAACAAGAGCUACAAAAGUGAUUGCCAGUGCUGGUGAGAUUGGCAGGCUAGCCACAUUAGCAAAAGUGUCAGGUGGAGUGGCAAGGGCUGUCAAGGUGGCCGGAGUGGCGACUGGAAUCCUCUCAGGCCUGUUCCUAGGACUAGAUGUCUUUUUCAUUGCAAAAGACUCCAUUGACCUUCAUAAAGGAGCCAAAACUGAAUUUGCAGCUAAAAUUCGUGAGGUGGCAAAUGAAUUACAGUGUGGAUUACAUGAAUUAAAUGAAAUCAACACAGAUUUACAAAGAUUCAUCAGAACUAAUGCAUUAAAUAAUUAUACAUAAGUUACUAAAGCCAACCUUUCCACACAGAUUCAGGCCUAUAGUGCUUCAGGUUUACUGUAAAAGAAAUUUAUGAAAAUGUAUCUCAUUUUCUCUAAUGGUUUCAGUAACCUUCAGAGAAGCAUCUGCUUCUCAGAUCGAUUCCUGAUAAACAUGUAAUAAUUUGUUCCGCUUCAUUUAGAAUUAAUUUACUUUAUGCACGGUAUUGCAAAUGUUUUGGCUAAAAUUUGAAAAUGUACUCAAGUUCAGUUUUGUUAGAACAUUUUAAAAUACAAUCAGUAGAAUAACUAUAAGGCAGUGUGAGGAGAGCAGUUAUACCAAAGCCCAUGAGGCUGAAUGGUUGUUGCUCUGUAAAAGUUUAUUAUUAACAUGGUUGCUUAUUUCACAGUGGAGUGAAAAACAUAGCGGCAUUGCCUUUUCUGAAACUCUGGAAAUCUUAAUUUUGACUACUAACCUUUUAUGUAACUUGUAUUCUUGAUGAAUAUCAUUGAUGGUGAUCCUUUUUUGAAUAUAUUUGAUUUAAUUUCACAUGAUGGGAUUAUAUUUAUUUUCACUAACUAGCAUCAAAUUCUAGUUAUGACAGUAAACACAAUAAAUAUUUUUCUAUUAUAAAA